CGCGUGCGCGUCACACUUCCGCUCUUCCCCGAGCAGUUCUUUGUAUUUUUCGGUGACCGGGUUCGGCUCGUACUACGAUGGAGGCGACAAUGGCUACAGCUCCGGCCCCUGCCGCGCCGAACAGCGCUCCAACCAACGAGGGCAUUCUUAUAGGAGAUAAGGUUUAUUCGGAAGUCUUCCUAACUAUAGAUAACUCGUUAAUCCCGGAGGAAAAGCUGUCCCCGACUCCAUCUAUGCUCGACGGCCUGGACCUACACACCGAAACCGACCUCCGUAUCCUCGGCUGCGAACUCAUACAAUCAGCCGGGAUACUUCUACGUUUACCGCAGGUGGCAAUGGCAACCGGUCAAGUGCUGUUUCAUCGUUUUUUUUACUCGAAGUCAUUUGUGAAACACAGCUUUGAGAUUGUUGCCAUGGCCUGUAUCAAUCUGGCCUCAAAGAUCGAAGAAGCCCCACGUCGAAUAAGGGACGUGAUCAAUGUCUUUCAUCAUUUGAGGCAGAUCAGAGGAAAAAGGAGUGCAAGCCCAUUGAUACUUGAUCAGAACUACAUAAAUACGAAAAACCAGGUGAUCAAAGCUGAGCGACGUGUGCUGAAGGAGCUGGGUUUCUGUGUCCACGUCAAGCAUCCGCACAAGAUCAUCGUCAUGUACCUGCAGGUCCUGGAGUGUGAGAAGAAUCAAACGCUGGUCCAGACAGCUUGGAACUACAUGAACGACAGCCUGAGGACCAACGUGUUCGUGCGGUUUCAAGCCGAGACCAUCGCCUGUGCCUGCAUUUACCUCGCAGCUCGAGCUCUUCAGAUUCCUCUUCCAACUCGGCCACACUGGUAUCUCCUGUUCGGAGCCACAGAGGAGGAGAUCAAGGACAUCUGUAUCACUACACUAAAGCUGUACACGAGGAAGAAGCCAAACUACGACUUCCUGGAGAGGGAGGUGGAGAAGAGGAAGGUGGCUCUGCAGGAGGCGAAGCUGAAGGCCAAGGGGCUGAACCCAGACGGAACUCCUGCUCUCUCCACACUCGGUGGCUUUUCUCCUGCCUCUAAACCAGGUUCUCCUAACGUGAUGAAGGCGGAUGAGAAAUCUCCGAACCCUCAGCCGCUCAAAGCGGUGAAAAAGGAAGCCGAAGAUCGGGCUCAGGGCUCCAAGAGUCCUCACAACGGACUGUUCUGUCUCAGGCUCCGGAAGGAAAGUAAACUCGGUCGGAACAGUCGGAGCGGGAGCCGCUCUCGCUCGAGAACGCGCUCUCGGUCCAGAUCACGCUCUCCAAGACGACACUAUAACAGCAGGCGCAGUCGCUCGGGUACUUACAGCUCGCGCUCGCGCAGCCGCUCUCACAGCCGCAGCCCGUCUCCACGGCGACACUCCAACCACGCCGCCCCGUCUCCCCUCCUGCCGCACCUCAAAGCCAAACAGCGCUCGGACGACCUGAAGCUCCACUCUCGCCACGGACACAAGAGGAAGCGCUCGCGAUCCGGCAGCAAGCCGCGAGACCGAGAGAGGGAGAGAGAACGCGAGAGGGAGCGUGACCGUACCUCCGCCGACCUGACGUCUAAAAAACACCGACACGAGCGCGGCAGCGGAAGCGGAGGGCAUCACAGAGACCGGCGCGAGAGAUCACGCUCAUACGAACGCUCUCACAAGAGCAAACACCACAGCAGUAGCAGCCACUCGGGCCGCAGCCGUCAUCGCCGCUGACCCCGGCCAGCUCCGCGUGGUGUUUUUGACCAUUUACGCCCUCGUUUUACAUUUUAUUCCCUUUAUUUUCCUCCUUUUUUUCUUUGUCUCGGCAAACCUUUUAGUUGAAAUGUAAAGUGAAGGACUGGUACAUAUUUACAGUGUAAAGACUGAGAUAAAUGCUAAUGUAUUACAAAGAAUGCUUUGAUUUAUAAAAGCAGCCUUUUGUUGAACAGUCGGGUCUGGUGUCACUAAUUUAAACGAAUCGUUCAGGAGAGACAUUAAGACUUUGCAUAUAUAUGUGUAUUUACAGAGGAGAUUUGCUCUACAGGUGGAAUAGACCAUAUUUUUUUACAGCCAGAUGCAGACGCUUCAUUUUCUUCAAUCGUGGUGAAUUUGUUACACUGGUUUUAGUCUGCACAUGUUCAUCUUGAAUUUUUACUCAAUAAAAAAGUGACUUAUUCUAUGGCA